AUGCCCGACAAUGCAUCCAUAAUCUCGUCCAACCCCGCCCGCACCGUCUUCCCUAAGGGCCCGAGUUUUUCGCUAGAGGACUUCUCCAGUCGAGACUUUAUAGUCAAGGAAUUCAUCGAGGAGCUAUCCGAUACAGCCAUCUCCGCGCGUCGUUCGACAGUGGGAACAACAAACGCCAAUCAACCAUUCGACCCGAAACCCCUCAUCCGCACAUUCGAAGGCGCUCAGCGACGACUAGGCGAACUAUCGGGAGAUCUGGAAAUUCGCGAAAAUGAACUGUCCGCUGCAGUCCGUCGGGCAGAAGCUCAGCAUUCACAAAACCUCACUUCGCUAGGCCGCAAGCUUCGACAAGCGAUCGACUCGUUUCAACAGCUCGACACGUCAUUGAAUGGCCCUGGCUUGGAGAACACAGGAGGUACAGGAAACAUGGCCGUCGAAACGGGUAGAAGACUGGAAGAACUAGACCGACAACGUCGUCGGGCCCUAGACGCCCACUUCCUCCUGGAGUGCUGGGAUGGCGUCUGUAAUCGCGGGGAGAUCACGUUGCUGGAAAACUUGCGCCGAUCUGGCACGGGCGAGGCAAAAGUGCGAUCGGCUCAUAUAGCAAGGCAAUUACUACGCAUCAGUCAACGGCUAGACCCUCAGAGUUGGCACCAGAAUCAAUCGGCCAACGGGAAUAAUAACUACGGGGGCAAUUCUUCGUCCGAAGACCUACAUAGUGGAAACAGCACACCACGUCGGAAUACAAGGGAGGUGAUUGAGAAGUUCUCUGAAACCCUCGAGAAGGAUCUGCUGAAGCAAUUUGAUGAUUUCUAUCGCAAGGCCAACUUUGAUGGUAUGAAGGAUUGCGCAAACGUCUUGCAGGACUUCAAUAGUGGCGCCAGUGUGAUUGCGUUGUUUGUCAAUCAACAUCAAUUCUUCAUCGAUCGCAGUCAACUGGUGACGGAGGAAGUCGGUGGUGAUGCGGAAUCAUGGGAGAAGAUGGCAGAUCCAGACGCGGAGCUACCUGGAGUAGAGCCUAGUCUUCAAUCGCUGCUGGAUGAAGUUAAAGUGGUGGUGCAAGAAGAGUCGGCGAUCAUUAAGCGCGCAUUCCCUUAUUACGACCAAGUGCUAGAAAAGUUUAUACAGCGAGUCUUUCAGCAAUCCAUUCAGCAACGAUUGGAAAUGGUUCUGGAGAAGGCCAGUGGUGUCUCUUCUCUUGCGUUUUUACGAUGCUUGCAGAGCUCUCGUGGCUACAUCAGUGCCCUGGUCGACGAUUUGAAGGCCCAUGGAUUGACUGAACACCCAGAGACUAUAUCAUCGCAGACCGCACUUUUAUUAGACCAACAGUUGGAGGAAUUGUUCGUGCCUUACUUUGUCGGGUCAUCUUAUAUUGAGCGCGAGAAACGAACGCUUGAAGAUAUCUUCAAUGCUCUUCUUUUCAAAUUUACUAGCUACCAAGCCCGUCGCAAAAAGGCUGCCACCACUUUCAUGGCUUCCUUGUCUCGUCCUGGAACCGAAUUGCUUUCAACCACUCGCGACACGUUCAUCGCUCGGUUGGACUCACCUGAAAUCUCCCCCUUCCAGCGGAGAACGCUACUCCAUAUAGCCAAACUCGGCGAUAUUCCAGAUACCAUGCGGCUGACAGAGAUCAAGCUUACGGAAGAAGAUGGGCUGCCUAAUUUGGGUGAUGCGAAGCGAAUGUUGAAGUGGCUGGCGGAAGCAGUGGGUCGUGGGCUAGAGCUGAGCGUUAAUACUGAUACCCACAAAGAUGUGUCGGCUCUGUUGAACCUGCUUUUGAUCACUGUGGGGGAGGGCUAUAUCGAUGUUUGCCUUGAUGCUUCGUUGGAGGCAGCCACUUCCCAAGAAUCUGGUAAAAAUGAACCAGACUUUGGAUACCUCCACUCGGUUCGAACUAUUAUCAGCAUUGCCACGUUAAUGGUGAUGUGUGUGAAUGCGGUACUCUUGCCAUUGGCAGCUGGUAGUAUCACGACUCGUCGGGAUAUGGAGAAACGUAAGAACCAGGCCACAUCCCGAUUUGAGGAUAAGAUCAACACGAUUGAACAAAAGACUAUCGACGCAACACUUGCAUGGGUAAGCCGGUUACUUUCCGGGCAAAGAAAGAAUGAUUUUCGGCCUCGUGAAAGCGAUAAUGCCUCAUGGUUAGAAAUGUUGCAAACACCGACCUGUGCCUCGAUAUGUACAUUUCUCACACGACUGCAUAACAUUGCGCGUACCUCGUUACCCUCAAGUGGGGCCAACGUUCGACAAGUGUUGACAGAGAUCGCACUGGGAACGCGUGGACUCUUACUGGAGCAUUUUAAGCGGUUCGCCGUUAGCGGACCUGGUGGAUUAAUGGUGACCAAGGACAUGACUCAAUACGCAGACCUACUGAAGUCCUGGGAUAUCGACGAAGAGACCAAGGCCCCCGGUGGCGCGCUGGACGUGCUCUUAGAGGUGGGCAGUUUGUUUGUCAUUGGAGUCGAGGCACUUCGAGAACGAAUCCGUGGCGGUGCAGCGAGUGGAACAACCGGGGGGUCCAAUAGUUCAGCUCGCAACCCUGGUCAAGAAGCCAAACUUAGUGUGCAGGAAGUGCGAGCAUAUGUUUCUCGUCGUGAAGACUCGAAUACGCUGGCCAUGCAGCAAGUUCUCAAUGCUCUGUAA